UAGUUUAAUCUGAGCUAGUUGUAAAUAAUUAUCUUCCUCUCUACAGCCAACGUUUAAGAGGUCCUACCCUCCCAAACACGUCCUCACCACCAGACCUAGACCAUCACCCGGUUCAACCCCAUCUUCGUCUCCCUCUCUCUCUCUCUCUCUCUAAAUAAAUAUAUAUUUAUAUCAGUUUCACUUUACCUGCUCGUCUCUCAAAAUUUCCCAAACCCAUUUUGGUUUUUUGAUUCUUAAGUUUUCUACUUUGUUUUUUGUUGUCCAUUCAUUACUGUUACUUGUUCUAUUAUCGUUUUUGUUGUAUAAUUUCAUUUUUGCUUUUCUGGGUUCUUGUUGAUCUCAAUUGGCUUUUUUUGUUUUUUUUCCUGGGCUUUUUUUUUUUCUUUCCGUAAACCUUCCCUGACCUACUUCGAAUUAUCGUUGAGAAAUUUGGUGCUUAUCGAGCUCUAUGGUUCUUUUUUGAAGAAUGUUAAUGUAAUGAUGAACCAAGGAGGUAAUACCGAGGCCAUAGCACCACUGGACUCCAAUUCGCUCGAGAAUCGACAUGCAUACGCAAGCCAAGGACAAACAUCUUCGCAUCUUCCUAUAACAGCUGGCAAUGAAGCCGUACCAUGGCCAGCUCAUAAGGUGGAUAACUCCACGUCGAAUGGAAUCCCUUCUAACUCAACUUACCAUUAUGACCAGCACAUGCAGCCACCUGUUUCUAGUUCAUCAAGUUUGGGAACAGUAAAUGCACCACAGGAUUACAAUGGAUAUGCAUCAUACGCAAAUCCUACUGAUCCAUAUGGUUAUGGAAGCUCAGGAUUCUCAAGUUACUAUAGCGGUUAUCAGCAGCAAUCUAACCCUUCCUAUUCGCAACCCGUAGGAGCAUAUCAAAAUACAGGUGCUCCUUAUCAGCCUAUUUCCUCAUUUCAGAAUACUGGGUCUUAUGCUGGGUCUGCAAGUUAUUCAAGCACUUAUUACAAUCCUGGUGAUUAUCAGACAGCUGGAGGUUACCCAAGUAGCAGUUACAAUAAUUUGACUACCUCGUGGAAUGAUGCCAGCUAUGCAAACUAUAGUUCUCAACAAUAUCCGCAUUACAAUUCAGGCACAACCAGUGCUUACAGUUCUGGGACUGCAACAGCAACUGCCACUGCAACUGUAGGUGCAACUUCAGUUAAUUAUCAACAGCAUUAUAAGCAAUGGGCAGAUUAUUACAACCAGUCAGAAGUCCCCUGUGCUCCUGGGACAGAGAAUCUGUCUGUUCCUGGUGCAUCUAAUUUUGGAUGUCCAGUUCCUAGUGUCACCUCUAGCUAUCCAACUUUGAACAGCCAACAGCUGCCACCUCCACCUCCAGGUCCACCUCCACCUCCACCUCCAGUUAUGCCCCAAGGUCCACCUCCAGGUCUUCCAGGUCCACCGCCAUACGCUUCGUCUUGGAGGCCUGAGUCCAGUUCGUCUGAAUUCCCUCCUGUGCAGUCGGGUGCUGUAGUUAAUGGUGCUCACGAUGGUUACUGGAGACAUGGUGCUCCUGCUUCUCAAAUUCACCAUAGUAGUCCAAAUCAACCCCACCUUCAAAAGCCUUUGGAUCAAAAUUCUUCCUAUAGCAGCUUUCAGGAUCAACAAAAGUCUUUUUAUUCUUCAGGAUCCAAUUCACAGUAUUCUGCAACUCAUCAGGUGCCUCCGGUGCCUUCAUGCCCUCAAGGAGCAAGUUUGCAGUAUGCUACUGUUCAUCAGGUACAACCGCCCCCCCAGACUUUUCAAUCACCUUCGCAAAAUGUUCAAUCUUUAGAUACUCGAAGGAUAGGCAAACUGCAGAUUCCCACAAACCCAAGAAUUGCAUCAAAUUUGAAUUUGGGUUUAUUGAAGAACGACAAGGAUAGCUCUGUAGCAGGUGCAGCAGCUAAACCUGCGUACAUCAAUGUUUCGAUACCAAAGCCAAAUGACAGUGUCUCAUCUAGUGCUGGUGCAGAUUCUUUACUUAAGCCUAAUAUGUUUCCCAAGUCCCUACGUGGUUAUGUUGAGAGGGCUUUGGCUCGAUGUAAAGAUGAUAAACAAAUGACAGUUUGUGAGGCGGUCAUGAAGGAGAUGAUCACCAAUGCCAGGGCUGAUGGUACGCUUUACACGCGUAACUGGGAUGUUGAGCCUCUUUUUCCAAUGCCAAUUGCAGAUGCUGUAAAGCAAGGCAUUGUACAGACUUUGACUCCUGUUUCUUUGGAAAAUAAGUUAAAGAGAAGUCCAAGUAGACGACCAAAAAGUAGGUGGGAGCCUCUACCAGAGGAGAAACUUGUUGAAAAACCAGCAUCCGUCAAUCAUAGUACUUUAAAAUAUUCUGGAUGGGCGCAUGCCAAUGAAAGGGACAAAAAGACCUUAGCGAUGAAUACUGGGAGCAAGGAUGGGAAUUUAACUGUUGCAAGAUUUUCUUUAGUGGAGCAAAAAGGGGCAAAUAAAAUCACCCAAAAGCCAGGAAAAAGGCAGCGUCUUAUUGAAAAUUUUGGUGCUGCUGGCAAUGGUGAUGCAUCUAGUGAUAGUGACAAGGAACAAAGUUUAACAGAAUAUUAUGCGGGAGCAAUGGCGCUGGCAAAUUCACCCGAGGAAAGAAGGAGACGUGAAAGUCGGUCCAAGCGUUUUGAAAAACGGCAAGGAAAUGGAGCAGAAACUCAUCACUUCAAAUCAAAAAGUGCUGUGUCUAGACAUUUAUAUUCUAAAAGGGCAACUGCGAUGGUGCUUAACAAUAAUUUUGAAGAUGAUGGCAGCAGGGCUGUUGAAGACAUUGACUGGGAUUCUUUUACUGUCAAGGGGACAUGCCAGGAAAUUGAGAAGCGUUAUUUGCGGCUUACUUCUGCCCCUGAUCCAGCUACUGUAAGACCGGAAGAAGUACUAGAAAAAGCUCUGCUUAUGGUUCAAAAUUCUCAAAAGAAUUACCUCUACAAGUGUGAUCAGUUGAAGUCCGUUCGUCAAGAUUUAACUGUGCAAAGGAUUCAAAAUCAACUAACAGUAAAGGUUUAUGAAACUCAUGCUCGGUUAGCAUUGGAGGUUGGGGACCUACCUGAGUAUAAUCAGUGCCAAUCUCAGCUGCAAUCUCUUUAUGCUGAAGGAAUUGAGGGAUGCCACAUGGAGUUUGCUGCAUACAACUUACUGUGUGUUAUCCUGCACUCUAGUAACAACAGAGAUCUUGUAUCAUCUAUGUCGAGAUUAUCAAGUGAAGCUAAAAGAGAUAAUGCAGUAAGGCACGCUCUUGCAGUUCGGGCAGCUGUCACUUCUGGAAACUAUGUUAUGUUCUUCAGGCUCUUCAAAACAGCACCAAAUUUGAACACUUGCCUGAUGGAUCUAUAUGUUGAAAAGAUGCGGUUUAAGGCAGUGAGCUGCAUAUCUCGAUCUUAUCGGCCUUCGUUACCUGUUUCUUAUGUCGCUCAGGUUUUGGGCUUCUCUAGUGUUGCUUCUGACAAUGAUGAAAAAGAUUCAGAUGGAUUAGAGGAAUGUAUUGAGUGGUUGAAGGCACAUGGCGCAUGUCUUAUUGCAGAUAACAAUGGAGAGAUGCAGCUUGAUGCCAAGUCAUCAACUUCUAGUCUUUUCAUGCCGGAGCCAGAUGAUGCAGUGGCUCAUGGAGAUGCCAGUCUUGCAGUAAAUGACUUUCUGACGAGAACAGCAUUGUAACUAAUAUGACUGUCCAAUUGUAUCUAAGAUUAUUAACAGGAACACAUGGGAAAGUCAUGCUUGCCCACCUCAGCCCAUUCUGCAACAAAGUAGCGGAGUUUGUUUCAAGAAUACGAGUUGAUGACAUUUGGAGAAAGCUCAGAAAUUAUGCUAGAGUUGCUUGUGUUAGCUAAAAGAGAGAAUAGCAUAGCCAUAGAUGUGUACAAUUGGAAUAUGUAAACCAAAUUCCCCAGAAAGUUGGGAUGGCUUUGGAGCCAGCAGCAGUGUAGUAGAGCAUUUAAUGAGGUUUUUUUUUUUUUUUUUUUUUUGUGAGAAAAGGAAACAUAAUUCAUUUUUACAGCCUAAGAACAAAAGAAAGAAAAUGGUACAUAUACUGGAGGAGAAGAAAAAAAAUGUUGUUGCUGACCGUAUUGUAUUCUUGAUUCAUCAAUGCUUCAAAUUUUUUGAGUAUGAUAUCAAGACAUUGCAUAGCAUAAUAAAGAUUGAAUUUUAUGAUGA